AAGAGCAGGAGCGCCGGCCACGCUACCGCGGCGCUGGGGAGAGGCGUGAGAGGGAAGGGGGUGUAGAUAAAUAAAACCUGGCUUCGUUUAGCAACCUCCUUCCCUCCCCCCAUCUCCCGCAAAGCUUCGAAGCAACGGCAGGUCUCUGGGCGAGGCAGCCGAAGCGCCGGGGCCGCGGCCUCUCCCCAUUCUUUUCGCCCCGGUCCGGAGCCUGGAGGUCGUGAAGAGCCGGGGAUGCCUCGGCGCCGUCGCCGCUGCUGCUUUCUUCUCUGACCGGGCUUCGGCUCUCUUCUUUCGGCCCAUGCCAUCCCCGCCGCUAAAAUAACCAGCCGCCCCCCUCCUCUUCCUCCUCCUCCUCCUCCUCCUUCUAAAGGUGUAUAUAUGUUUGUUAUUUUUAUUUUUUAACCCUCCUGGAGGUGGGAAGCAAGGAAGCCGCCGCCGCCUCCUCGCCUCGCCUCAAACCAGCCGCGCGCACCCUUCGGUCCGCCGACCGCCGAAUCCGCCUCCGCUGUCCGUCGAGAUGGCGGACCCCGCCGAAUGCAGCAUCAAAGUGAUGUGCCGGUUCCGUCCCCUCAACGAGGCGGAGAUCCUGCGCGGGGACAAAUUCAUCCCGAAAUUUAAAGGCGAGGACACGGUCGUCGUCGGGCAAGGGAAACCCUAUGUUUUUGAUAGAGUAUUGCCUCCCAAUACAUCCCAGGAACAAGUUUAUAAUGCCUGUGCCAAACAAAUCGUUAAAGAUGUUCUUGAAGGCUACAAUGGAACUAUUUUUGCAUAUGGUCAAACGUCUUCAGGAAAAACACAUACUAUGGAGGGGAAACUGCAUGACCCACAGCUGAUGGGAAUAAUUCCAAGAAUCGCACAUGACAUAUUUGAUCACAUUUAUUCGAUGGAUGAAAAUCUAGAAUUCCAUAUAAAGGUUUCCUAUUUUGAGAUUUACUUGGACAAAAUAAGGGACUUACUGGAUGUUUCAAAAACGAAUCUUGCAGUACAUGAAGACAAGAACAGAGUACCAUAUGUCAAGGGCUGCACAGAGAGAUUUGUAUCUAGUCCUGAAGAAGUUAUGGAUGUCAUUGAUGAAGGGAAAACAAACCGUCAUGUAGCUGUUACCAACAUGAAUGAACACAGCUCUAGAAGUCACAGUAUCUUCCUAAUUAAUAUCAAACAAGAGAAUGUGGAAACUGAAAAAAAACUCAGUGGGAAACUCUAUCUGGUAGAUCUUGCUGGGAGUGAAAAGGUCAGCAAAACUGGAGCUGAGGGAUCUGUUCUAGAUGAAGCUAAAAAUAUUAACAAGUCUUUGUCUGCACUGGGUAAUGUGAUUUCGGCAUUGGCAGAAGGAACUAAAACUCAUGUCCCGUAUCGAGAUAGCAAAAUGACCCGAAUUCUCCAAGACUCCUUAGGUGGUAACUGUAGAACCACCAUUGUCAUAUGUUGUUCCCCAUCCAUUUUCAAUGAAGCAGAAAGCAAGUCUACUCUAAUGUUUGGACAAAGAGCGAAAACGAUUAAGAAUACAGUUUCUGUGAAUCUUGAGUUGACUGCUGAGGAAUGGAAAAAGAAAUAUGAAAAAGAGAAGGAGAAAAACAAGACAUUAAAAAAUGUUAUCCAGCAUCUGGAGAUGGAACUGAAUAGGUGGCGGAAUGGAGAGGCAGUACCAGAGGAAGAGCAGAUCAGUGCAAAAGACCAGAAGAACUUGGAACCAUGUGACAAUACACCUAUCAUUGAUAACAUCGUCCCCGUUGUUGCCAGCAUCUCAUCUGAGGAGAAGCGGAAAUAUGAAGAAGAGGUUACUAGUCUCUACAGACAGUUGGAUGAUAAGGAUGAUGAAAUUAACCAGCAGAGUCAAUUGGCUGAGAAACUAAAACAACAGAUGUUGGAUCAAGAUGAACUCUUGGCUUCUACCAGGAGAGAUUAUGAGAAAAUACAAGAGGAACUCACUCGUCUUCAACUUGAAAAUGAAGCUGCAAAAGAAGAAGUUAAAGAAGUUCUCCAGGCUUUGGAGGAACUCGCUGUUAAUUAUGACCAGAAAUCACAAGAAGUGGAGGACAAGAUGAGAGCUAAUGAACAGCUGACAGAUGAACUUGCACUGAAAACAUCUGCUCUGUCAAGUACGCAAAGAGAGCUGGGACAGUUGCAAGAACUUAGUAAUCAUCAGAAAAAGAGAGCUACUGAAAUAUUGAAUUUAUUGCUUAAGGACCUAGGAGAGAUUGGCGGAAUCAUUGGUACUAAUGAUGUGAAAACAUUAGCUGACGUGAAUGGUGUGAUUGAAGAAGAGUUUACCAUGGCACGACUGUACAUCAGCAAGAUGAAGUCUGAAGUGAAAUCUCUGGUGAAUCGCAGCAAACAGCUGGAGAGCGCCCAGAUAGAUUCUAAUAGAAAAAUGAAUGCCAACGAGCGAGAACUUGCUGCCUGUCAGCUCCUCAUCUCUCAGCAUGAAGCAAAGAUCAAGUCUCUUACAGAUUAUAUGCAGAAUAUGGAGCAGAAGCGAAGGCAGUUGGAAGAAUUGCAGGAUUCUCUUAAUGAAGAGCUGGCCAAAUUGCGGGCACAAGAAAAAAUGCAUGAAGUCAGUUUCAAAGAUAAAGAGAAGGAACAUCUGACUUUGUUACAAGAUGCAGAGGAAAUGAAGAAGACCCUGGAGCAACAGAUGGAGAGCCAUAGGGAAGCUCAUCAGAAGCAGCUUUCUCGAUUACGAGAUGAGAUUGAGGAGAAACAGAAAAUUAUCGAUGAUAUCAGAGAUAUGAAUCAGAAGUUGCAGCUGGAACAAGAAAAACUGACUUCAGACUAUGAAAAAUUAAAAAUAGAAGACCAAGAACGGGAAAACAAAUUGGAAAAACUUAUAUUACUUAAUGAUAAGAGGGAACAAGCAAGGGAGGAUCUAAAAGGACUGGAAGAAACUGUGGCUCGAGAACUUCAAACUCUUCACAAUUUACGUAAACUCUUUGUUCAAGACCUCACCACCAGAGUAAAAAAAAGUGUUGAAUUGGACAGUGAUGAUGGAGGUGGAAGUGCUGCCCAGAAGCAGAAAAUCUCCUUCUUGGAAAACAACCUGGAACAACUUACAAAAGUUCACAAACAGUUGGUACGUGACAACGCGGAUCUUCGUUGUGAACUUCCAAAGCUGGAAAAACGACUUCGAGCUACAGCGGAGAGAGUGAAGGCCUUGGAAAGUGCUCUGAAGGAGGCCAAGGAGAAUGCAAUGCGGGAUAGGAAACGGUACCAGCAAGAAGUGGACCGCAUUAAAGAGGCUGUCAGAGCCAAGAACAUGGCAAGACGAGCACAUUCCGCUCAAAUUGCCAAGCCUAUUCGCCCUGGUCAUUAUCCAGCAUCUUCUCCCACAGCCAUUCAUGCCAUUCGUGGAGGUGGUGCAUAUUAUCAAAACAUGAAGUAAAUAACAGACUGACCAGAUGGUUCUUGGCAUGUGGAAGGUUGUCAUCAAUUCACUACUACUUUUUUUACGGAGAACUGGAACUCUAUUUCUGUUCGUUGUACAUGUUCUAUAGCCAUUGGCAAUGCACCGGUUUCAAAUGUUUCAGCUUUGUCCAAUCUCCAUAUGUACAGAAGUGUGUCCAAAACACUUUUCCCUUUCCAAACCUUGUACAGUGUAUCUAACACAUUAUCCUAGGGUAAUAAUACCCUGAGUCUGCUGCUCAAUCCCUGUCAUUGACUGACUGCAUUUUACCCCUCUGUGCCACUCUUGUGGAAGAUUCUGUGCUUGCACUGAUGCUGUUUUGUUCUCUUUUAAGUACUUUGGUGCAUCAGCAAAAAUGUGACAUCCAAGAAGUAGCCAUCAAACAACCAUAGCAACAAACCAGAUGAUUGGAUUCCAUCACUGAGUUUUUUUUUGAUUUUCUGUUUAAUAUGUGCAUCAUUUUAUAUUUUUAGAAAUUGACAGGGUGCAGCUAUAUAGUUUGAAAAUAGCCUCCCCACCCCCACAAUCUGCUUUCAAAAAAAAUUAAAAGUACCUCAAAUAGUGCAUUUUUAUUGCCCUGGUGAAAUGUUGAAUUUGUUUUAAAAGGGUAGAGAGGAAAAGCUAAAUUAUGAGUACAUUUGCUUGGUAGAGAUCAGAUAACAGUAGAGAUAUAGAAGGAUGCAAAAGAACACGGUUAGCAUAGUUUUAGUCUUAAAAUCCAAUGAUCAUGUGGGUACAUCAUAAUAUCAAAGUUUAGGAUUUGAUCUAUAAUGUCCCUUAUGGAUAUUCAGGUGAUUAUACAGAAGCAAUGAUUUUGAUUAAUAUGAAUAUUAAAAGUAAAUUUAGAAUAGUGGGUGAAAGUCUAAUUUCUCCUUGAUUUUCAGAGAUCACAGUAGAAAUCAGAAAUGUGGGGGAAAUUCUGCUCUAAUAAGAUUAAAAACCCUUUUCCAAAGGGUAGACUAGGAAUAGGUAUGCAUGUUUAGAGUGCAGAGCAAAAACAAAAAGGAAGAAUGAUUGAAAUAAUGUUAUCAAAAUCCUGAGCAUUUAUAACAUUAGAUGUUAUAGAUUGACCUUACGGCAGUCUGCCCAAGAAAAUGGUGUAGUACACCCUCAUUGUAUUCUUACUUAAUGACAGACAUGAAGUAUUAAGUUGUAUUUUAAGUGGAAGACAUGGAUAACCAUAGAACAGAUAGAUAAACAAAUGUUACAUCUGCAGCUUAAUGUGUCAGUUAUAUUUAUUUUGCAUAUGUUUUAUAUAUACGUUGAAAACCACGCAUAGGAACAUGUGCUUUUUCAAAAGAAUAUGAGGUUCAAAAUGACUGAAUUUCAAUUUACAUUCAUUCCAUUCUGUCGCUGUGGCUUUCGCUAAAAUUAACAGUAAAUUGGGGGCUGCAAAUUUUUUGGGGGGAGGGAAUACUUUUACCUAAAAAGCUAUUCUGCUUAUAAAGCCUUUAGAAAGAUGGUUAUUAGAUAUUUUAUCAAGAUAUAGGUUAGGCAUUCUCGACUGUAGCAAAGAUUGUUGGAUCUUAUUUAAUUUAUUAAGGAUUGCACUAAUUGUGAGGGAAGGGAGAAACUUUUGUGACGUGUUUAAUGAAAGACCUUAUUUUGCAUCUAUUUUGUUAUUUCUUUUUGUAAAUGUUUGUGUUUUUAAAUAUUGUUACACAUGUAUAUACACUGUCCACCACCUGAAGUGUGAAUUUGCCAUAUUCAGUCCGUUUUCUGGGAUUAAUGAGGCCAUUUUUUUAGUUGUAAAUCAUUGAACACCAAGUCACAUGCACACACAUGAAGUUUACACUCAUAAAGCUCCCACUUACUAAAAAAACCCCGGAAAAAUAUUUGAGGAAAUUUCAGCUACGACAUCCUAAUAGGAUAUAUUCUAAAUAUUCCAACUAGAAUGUGCAUCAUGGAGGAUGUUUCAAGUAAUCUCACUAUAGCUAUUUUCAUAGGCCCGUGAUGCUGAACCUGUGGCACCCCAGUUCAGCUCUGCUGCUCAUGUGCGUGCGCCUCCCACCGGCCAAAUGGUCUUCAGCUCUCUGCCAUGCAUGCGUGGGAGUAGGGGGGGCGUAUGCAGGGGGGGCGCAUGCAUAUUGCAUUUUGGGGGUUCACGUGUGCAUACUUUGGGCACUCGGUCCUGAAAAGGUUAGCCAUCACUGUCAUAGGCAGAUGAGCUCUUAGGAUGCGCAGUUAAUGAGGCUUUAUUUUAAAACAUAUUUUAAAUGAUCCCAUUUUGUGCAUUUAAAUAAUAUUGUUUAAGAUGUUUUGAUACUGUGAAUGCAAGCACUAUGCCUGAUCAAUCCCCACUGAUAGGAAUGAGAACUAGAUACUGUGGUUUGGCAUUAAGCACUUUUGAAAUUAAAAAUUGUGAGAUUAAUGUGAUGCUUAUAUUAGGAUGUAAGGAAAAGUUAGCUUUGAUGCCCCAGAACUGUUAGUUGCUGAUCAGCCAGUCAGUUCUUCUAACUUAAGUCUCUCCUUGACUGAGGCCUCAGAACUAAUUUUUCUGCUUUGGGUCGAAAAUGGCAGACUGUCUUCUGAAAUGAGACACAAAGACACAGUAUAUUGCAAUGCUUAGGGAUGCAUUUUGAAAAUGAGCCACACAUUUUUGUUAUGUUAUUGACUCACUGCUGCUAGAAUUGUUUUGUGUGCUAUUUCUAAGCCAUUCUUUUAAGUUUUUGAUGCUAAUUUUACAGUAUAUUUGUAUUGCUUCCAAAAUGCCAGAGAUUUGAUUUACUCUUUAAAAAGUCCUUUUUCCCUUUGCUUCUUUUAUAGUUACAGUUUGACUGGCAUUCUUUAAAUGAUAGGAAGGUUUUGAGUUUAAUUCUUGAAAACUCAAAAACUAUGUUACGUACUCACAGAAUUUUCUGACUGAAAGUGAAGCUUGUUUCUAAUUUCAAUUAUACUUUCGUUAUAGUCAUCAUUUUUAUUUAUGUACAUCCCUUGGGCUAACUUUUUAAUUUAGCCUUCUGCCACUGAGACAAUGGAAAGAUUCUGAUCACACUUGCUACAUUCUGAAUUAUGUUAAGAAUGGAUUAUUCUGAAUUAAUUAGCCUGACAUAAUAAUGUAAACUGUAUUAAUAUCUAAAAGCUGACUUUUUAAAAUCUGUUCCCAUAGUCAAAGAAUGCAAAAGCUCACACAACAAUGUAUUUUGUUACUUCAUUUAUAAAUGAAAGUACUUCCUUUCUUUAAAAAACAACACAGCCCCAAAGCUUAUCUUUCAUAUAGCAAAUAUGUAUCUUGUUUAUUAGGUUUAUUCCAUAAAAGGACUACUGCAACUUUAGAGGGUUCUCUGGGUCUCUCUACCCUCAUCAUAGAUGGUGUUGAAAAACAGGUUGUGCAGUGUAAACUGUAGCUUACUGGUGGCAAAUUGGCCCCUAAGCCUUCAUAGUCUGAGGCAAGAAUAUGAACAUGUUUUCGAAAUAAUCUGUUCACAGCAGAGUUGUGGGAUGAUGCCUUAUUGGAAAGCAACCUGUUAUGGUUUCCUAUCAUGCCUUUUUGAACCAAGAACACAAAGGAUAAUUGUCUUUUUAGGCACCCAUACAAAACUAUUUCUAAGAUUUGUGUCUUACACCUAAAUAAUUGUGUCUGUCAUUUUUAAAAACUUCUUUUAAUAGUGGACGAUGUGAAGGAAGAAUAGGGAUUGAGGCAUUUUGUAGAAGUAUACAUGUCUAGUUUGUAACGUGUGUAGUGUGUAUUCCAGAUGUGUAUUCUCUGGGACCUAUGUAUCUGUACAAUAGCUUGUUUUAGGGGAAAAUGAAAUGUGGAUCCUUUUUCUGAUGGUUACAAUCUCUGGGGAAAUUUCCACUAUUACAUAAAAGAUGCUGUAAUGAAUUAAGCUCUAUAACAGCAAACCUAAAUCUCCCCUUCCUUCUCUAUAGUUAAGUCUUUGGAUCUUGGU